GGCAUUUAAGUAGCAACAUAUAUAUGGCAAAAGCAAACUCAGAGCUGUAGAGGGUAGAAAAUGGCACUCUGGAAUCUUUUUGCUGUGAUUCUAGCAUUUGAAAUUCUAGGACCAGCUAAAUGUUCUAUGGUUAAACUUAAUAAUGGGGGAUACGAAGAUAUUGUCAUUGCAAUUAAUCCUGGAGUUCCAGAAGAUCCCAAAAUUAUUGAAAACAUUCAGGUAAGGAUGAAAUUAAAUAGAAUUAUGACACACUGCAUUACAUAGCCAUGCAAUUUAGGUAAAUUGUUCUUGUUUUACCAAAGCAUUAAUAUAACAGACUAAUACUGAAAUACUACAAUGACCACUGUAUAAGGAAAGCAAAAACACUCAAUAUUAGCAUCUUUUGACUAAAAAAUAAUCUUUUUUUCCUCUUUUUAAUCAUGGUACAGUGGAAUGAGAAUACAUCCAUAAAUUUAUAUCAAUGGCAGAUCACUUAUUAACAUAAAUGAUUUACUAGAAGGUAAAGGUUUAAAAAUAUAUAUAUAUAUUUUGCAUACAGACUUCACUAUUGAGGUAUUUUAAUGUGUUUUCUAUUAAAAGAAAACAGAAAAACAAACGACUUCAUGUACUAGAGCUGAGCUAAAAUUGAAUGCAUUGCUAACAUGUCAAUAAGCACAUACAUGUGGUGAAUUAACAAACAUCUAUCUAAUGAUUAGUUAUCCCAUAUUUAAUCUCCUAAUGAUGAGAUUCAGGCUAAAAUAGUUAUGCUAUGAUUCUUCCUGAGUUAGAGAUAUAUUUUCCAUUUGGAUAUGAAUUUGUGGAUUGCAAAUUCAAUAAUUUAGUGUAUCAAUCUGUUUGCAAGUCCAAAUAAUAAGUAACAAAAACAAGACAUGAAGUAAUAACUCAAUUAUUUGAAUUUAGUAUUAAUUUACUUAUCAUGCAGUGGUUAGUAGAGUUCAUAACUUAUUUCCAUUUACAACUAUAUUAGCAUGUUGGCUGAGCUCACUUUCAAAAUACAUUGUGAUUUAUUUAAAGGUAAUCCUGUUUCUAUUGGGGCUGAUGUGUACUAUGGUCAUUGCUGCCGCCCAGGAGUGAUGGGAGUUUGAGCACAGGACUUGUUUUUUUGUAUUUGUGAUCCUGUCUCUAUAGGCUGCCUUCAAGCUAUAAUCUAACUAUUCUUAAACCAGAUUUUGCACUUUACUUGCAUGAUCCUCCCGUACAUUCUUUUGUGAAUAUAAUUGCCUCCCACAAAUUCCAUAACACCCUCCCUCAAAUUCCGGUAUCUAGUACCUAUCACUGCACUUCACAAUAAACCAACCCAUUAUUUUGACAACAAGUCGGUUAGUCCGGCAUACAAUAAUUUUUUAGUUGAUUGUGGCAAACAGUACAAGAUAAAAUCUUAGAAUGUUGUCCUUUGCAAUAUACUGAGUAAAACAUUUCAUAAAAAAUAUGCAGAUGUUAGUGACAUUUAUUGAGAAUGCAUUAUUACUGCCAGGGUUAUUUACUAAUUUGAGAAUUGUCAGGAAUUAAAACUGAAUUCAAAGUGAAUUUCUAAUUUAAUUGAAAGCAUUCUCCAAGCCAUCGGUGCUUUCAGUUUGGUUAUUUAGUCCUAAAUUUGAAAUUCACUUUGAUUUCACUCUGAGGUUUCGACACAUGUCACUUUAGUGAAUAAGCCUACAUGUGUCAUCCCAAUACUGAUAUAUUGUCUUCCUGUGUUUGUUUUCUGAAAUUCAAUUACAGAACAUGCUGAAGGAAGCUACAACCUACUUAUUUCAAGCUACAAAAAAAAGGCUCUUCAUACGGAAUGUGAAAAUUUUAAUUCCUUUGACAUGGUCUUCCGAUCCUAACUACAUAAAACCUAAAACAGAGACAUACGAUAAGGUAGUAUUUGCUAGAAUAUGUAUUACUUCAGUAGCAUGAUGUGAAAUAAACUAAUGUAGUAAAUUAAAUAUGUAUACAUGCUAUAUAUGCCUGUCAUUUACUUUCAUUCUUUCUUUCUUUCUUUCUUCUUUCUUCAUAAUAUACUUCUAUUAUUGGUUCUCAUAUGCAGACAAGAGCACAAUUAUGGAAUAUAUGGGAAGAGGCAAAAACAUGGACACCAUUAACACUGAAGUAAAUCAGCUUCACAAGCAAAAUUGUCAAUUCCACAAAAUCACUGUAACUGUCAAAAUGGGGUAAUAAUAAGCAGAACGAAACCAGAGGUUAAAACGAUUAAAUCACCCUUCUCUUUUAGAGUGUACAAAUUUGCCUUUCAUAAAUGGAAAGGAGGGACAAGGGAGUUAAUCAUUUAUCAUGACUUUUCCCACAUUCCAGUGUACUCAGUACUUCUGGACUAUUAAAAUCAUUGACAGUGGCCCUGUCAUUUUAAACUUGCAAUGUAGAAACUCAGAAAUUGAGCUAUCCUGGUAAAUAACAUCAAAGUCAAAAAGAAAAUGAGGGGUAGCCACUAAAGUCUACUGUUACAUGUUGGUAAAGAAAAAAAAUUUAACUUUUAUUUAAGAUAAAAUUAAAAAUGCUUAAAACUCAUAAUACAUUGUGGUUAGUCUCAUUAUCACAAAUAAUUAUUCUAUCUUAUUAUAAUAAGUUAUCUGCAUUUUUUUACUUCAUUGAGUAAAUGGGCAUUUUAAACUAAAUUUACAAAUAGUCUACAACACAAGAUCCAAAGGAAAAAAGUUACGUAUAUCAUAAUACAUAUAGCCUAAAGGUGGCAGUCUGGAGCCACUAUUUUCUAUUUGUCUGCCAGAAGAAAUCUACAAAACAGAGAGUAAUCUUUAAAUAUUCCACAGGGUGGUGCCCAAUUCCUUUUAUUCCCCAAUAUCACUCUCGGAGUCUCCCUGACUCACUAGUCUCCUGUACUGACGCAACACUAAAUCUAACCGGAAAGCCCUGUGUCUGAAAACACCACCACCAUAGUGGCAUGUAACCCUGCAAUGCAAACAUUUAAGUUUUGUAGAAAUGAUAAUGUUUACAUUGCUGUUUACACCUAUCCCAGACAGCCACCGGAGGCACUUCUGCUGCACUAACUGAGUAAAGCUUGGUCAAGUGAGGCUGCAGCUUGUAGAAAAGCAUUGCAUUCAAUGGUUUCCUAUGAGAAGUAUUUCGAUGAGCUUGUGGCGGAAAAUUGGAUUGGCCAUCAGCUCAAAUGCUGGAUGACUUUGCGGAAGGCAGAGCAGCUGGCAGCUCCGAGAAAAUCUUGGCAUUGCAGUAAAGGUAAGUAAAAAUUGGAAAUGGCGAAGAUCAGAAACAAAGAUGCAAAAAGGGCACUAUAGCGUAAUGAAUACAUGUUCCUUAAAUGUGAAUAUAUCAGUGAAUUGUAUGUCUCCAUGAAAUUCUCUGAUGCAAAAAUGUUACAAGAAUGUUCUAGAGAGAGCUGUUGCACCUUUUUCAUGCAGUAUAAGACUGGGCCUUGCACAUGCCUUGCCAUGCUCAAACCUUUUUUUUUCCAUUUGUGAAAAUGAGAAGCAAUUGGCUGUUCGAAUCAUAAUUUCUCUUCCCUUGUUUUUGGUUUGUUGUUGUUGUUGUUUUCUUUAAUCUGUUUUAGUCUAUGUUCCUUGACCUGAAAAAAAAAAGUUUUAUUAAAGUGACAAACAUAUUUACAUUUAUUAUACCUUAUUAUUCUUUUUGCUUUUGAUUUCUUUUUACAUUUUUUAUUAUAAAAUAAUAUAAAAUUCAAAUAUUAUUUGAAACUGAUAUACAUAAAUAAAUCUUUAGUUAAAAGAGCUGCUUUGAAGGUGUAGUUCAAAGUGACCAUCCAGCAUUAUUAUGUAUUUCUUUAAUCCUGCUAAAUUAUUAUUAUGAUAUUUAUAGAGCGCCGUCAAAUUCUGCAGCUCUUUACAAUGGGUGGACGAACAGACAUGUAGUUGUAACCAGACAAGUUGGACACACAGUAACAGAGGGGUCGAGGGCCCUGCUCAAUGAGCUUACAUGCUAGAGGGAGUGGGGUAAAAUGACACAAAAAGGUAAGGAUAGUAUUAGACUAGUGACAGUUGCAGAAGAGGAAUCAGUCAGGAGCUAUUAGCAGUUUAAUUGAUACGCAUUUAUGAAGAAGUGGGUUUUUAACGAUUUUUUGAAGGAAUGGAGGCUGGGUGAGCAUCUAACGGAGGAGGGAAGCGAGUUCCACAGGAACGGUGCAGCCCUCGAGAAAUCUUGAAGGCGAGCAUCAGAGGUGGGAGUACGGACAGAAAAUAGACGUAAGUCUUCAGCAGAUCGUAAGGGCCUAGACGGGACAUACUUGUAUAUAGGGGAGGAUAGAUAGGUGGGAGCAACAUUAUGUAGAGAUUUGAAAGCAAGAACCAGAAUUUUGAAUUGAGCUCUAUAUUUUAUAGGAAGCCAAUGUAGGGACUGACAGAAAGGUGAGGCAUGGGAGGUACGGGCGGACAGGAAGAUGAGCCUCGCCGCCGCAUUCAAAUGAAGCACCACUAAUAUAUACCUUAUCUAUAGGUUUAUAACACAAAUGCUAACAAAGUAAUCAGCAUUUAUGGCCUGUGCCAAUAAAGAUAAGAAAAUUAUAAUGCAGUAGUAGAUAUGCUCUGUAGUGGGAAAAAAAAACGAGCAAAUUUUAAAAUAAAAACUCUUUCCAUUGCAUACUUGAAUAAACGAGGACAAUGCUUCUAGAAACUGCACAACUUGUUAUUUCUCAAAUUUUCUUUUUUUCCAGCCUUUUUCGCUCUCAAUAUCCUUUCCUCAUUUGAUGUAUUCCUCUGUAGGAAUCAAUUUAAGUGUACUUUUUUUUACUUUGUAUAUCAGCAGCCUUAGCAAAAAAAACUAGAGAUACCACCCACUUCCUGCACAAAUGCUAAAGAGUGAAAGAAAAAUUAUUAUAAUAAAAUGUUACGGUUUAGUGUACUGGGUUGAAAAGUAGGUAGUUAUGCACAAAAUAAAGUAUUAUCUAAAGUUGGCAAAUUUUAAUAGGUAAUACAAACUUAAAAAUAGGUUGGGAUCAUGAAAUACUAGACAUUUCUAUCCCUUUAAAAUAGCCCUCUAGUAAAUUGCCUAACCUUUAUCUUUGAAUACAUUAUACUGCCUUUCCCCAACCCUACCAUUCAGGUAAGUAAUAAAAGGAUACUAUAGUCACCGCACUAACUACAGCUUAAUGUACUUUUUCUAAUGAGUAUGGGCUUUCACUGCAGGCCUUUUAAUGAAAACCAUGCAUUUUCAGAGAAAUAUGCAAUGUUUACAUUACAGCCUAGAAACACCUCUAGUUGCCACUCCUCAGACCGCCACUAAAUGUGUUUCCUGGGAGAGCAUUGAUGCAUGGACACGCUAAACUUUCCUCAUUGAGAUGCAUUGAUUCUAUGAGGAGAUGCUAAUUUGCCAGGACAGUAUUUGGUUUCACUCCCACCCCGCCUCCUUGACUGAGAUUAUCAGAAUUGACAAUCUCAGACAAUUCAAUGCUUUCCUAAAGGAAAGCAUUGUCAUUGGCUGAGAUUAUCAAUUCCCCUUUAAUGUUUUGUAAUAUGUAUGUUUCUUUGUUGGUGUUAAGCAUGUUUUAGUUAGCAUGUCCUUCGUUAUUUAAAAACAAUAUUUCCUAACCUAACAAGUCAGUUCUAAAGUGUGUUAUAACACAAAAUUAAUUUGUAUGGUUUAGCAUAUGCAGACUUUUAUUAAUAUUUCUCAAAAAGAUAGACAAUUUUGAGAUUUACUUUUUAAAGCUAACUUAAGGUUUAUCCUUAUAUCCUUCAUUAGGCAGAUGUGAUCAUUACCAUACCGCACCUAAAAUAUGGAGAUGAUCCAUACACCUUGCAAUAUGGUCGCUGUGGAGAGGCUGGCAAAUAUAUUCAUUUUACACCAAACUUUAUGGUGGAUGACAAGUUAUUAUCAGCUUAUGGCUCCAGAGGUAAAUAUAUUUUAUAAACAUAGAGAAUAUAGAGAAAAAUAGAGACAAUGAUGCUGGUUUAGAUCGGUGGUUUCCACCAGAGGUUCAAGUUUUUUCUGAAUCCUAAACUGUUGGUGCUCUCUGAGGACUGGGUAGGGAAUCAAUAAUCUAGAUAUCACACAAUAGAAAAUAUAUAACUAAUUUUGUGGUUGUCUUGGCAGUAUAAGAAUAUAUACUGUAUUGACUGUUUUUGACUCGCUGUUGUUACAGUAUUGAUUUACAACACAGUUUCUUCAAAAUUUGACAGUUCUUUCUGAUUCUGAGAGUGGUCAGUUGAUGUUCUCAGCCAAUGAAUUUUCGACAGACACACUAUUUGAUGCACCCAGAUCUUAGGUCCCAUAAAUACCUACUGCAGAUAUGUGUACAGUUUUCACUUUUUGUUAAAAAAAGAGAAUGUGAAUAUGCAUGGUCAAUUCAUAAAACUGCCUCAAUUAUUGAAUAAAGAUCAAAAAAAGUUAAAGGUUUAUAAAAGGUAAAACAAUUAUUUGAUCUAAACGUUUUUAUUUUAUUUUUUUAUUUUUUGAAUAAUACAUAUUUAAAAACACAUGUUUAAAGCUGAUCUGUCAAUUUUGUUUAUUUCACCUUGACCCCCUUGCAGCCACUGCCAUGUUCAUGAUACAGGUCCUCUUCUGCUUGACAAGCUUCUUCUUUUGUAAACUUUUGUCAACCUCAGACUUAUCCAUAAGAUAAAGUAUUUCCUAGUCUAUGGAUUCUAUUGGAAUUUCUAGUGAGCUUUCAACACAGUCCUAAUCAGUAUUUAAUAAAGAUUAUAUCUUAAUGAAAUAGUAAAAGGUGACAGAUCCACUUUAACCACGAUAGAACUUCCCAUAAAACAGUAGCAUAAAUGUAACAUAUGAUUACUGUACUCUUGUCUUAAUAGGGAGAGUUUUUGUCCAUGAAUGGGCGCACUUUCGAUGGGGAGUUUUUGAUGAAUACGACCAGGACAAUCCAUUUUAUAUAACUGGCACUAAUGUAGAAGCAACAAGGUAGUGACUUUUUCUAUUUACAUUAUUUUUAACAUACUAGUUAUUGUUUUAUAAAAAGUACAGUUAUAAUGAGGAAAAAAAAACUUAACAAAUGAAUUGAAAUUUGUGUUGAUUACAAAUUGUAGUCAUAUAGUCUAGUUAGAACUUGAGUUUCAUUGGUAUACCAGGUUGCAAGUGCAUCUCUGUCUUGUAACAUAGUAAACUAAAUUAAGUACUUGCAAAGUAAGUCAGCUAAAGAAUUGUCUUCUUUUAGGAGGUCUAUACUUUUGAGUAGCAAUGACUGGUAUAGAUACACAACAUGAAAAUGAUAAUAAAGCUGUGUUCAGGUACACCAUGGCUGGUGUAUGAUAUUAAGUUAUGCAAUAAAGUGUAACUAAAGAUGCAUAUAUUUUUAAAUAUUUAAAACCAACCAGAUAACCUAUGCAAAUCUAUUUACCAGGUGUUCACUUGAUAUCACUGGGUCAAACACAAAUCAAGACACUGUUCUAAAUUGUAACUUUGAUGGUACCACAGGACUUUAUGAGGAAGGUUGUGUGUUUGUGCCAAAUAGAGAUCAAUUUGCCAUGGAAUCUAUAAUGUAUAUGCAAUCACUAUCCUCUGUAAGUAUUACCACAUUUAUGUAUCUUUUAUCUUAAUGUACCUUUCUAACAGUUACUGCCCGAUUACAGUAUCACAGAUUAGGGAUGUCUUUAUAACAGGUAGCUCAGUAAGUUAUGGGGCCUCCUAUAAAUAUUUGGAAGUCUUUGGAAGAAAUAGUUAAUUCAAGGUGUAGUUAAUAUAUAUAUAUAUAUAUACAUAUAUAUAUAUAUAUAUUAGUGUUUCGUGCUAUAACUGCUAAACCAUUGCAUUUAUAGGUUUUAUCUAUCAUUGUUAUUUAUUAUUUCUUCAUAUAUUAUAGGUAACAGAAUUCUGUGAUGCAAGUAACCAUAAUAUUGAAGCCCCAUCACUUCAGAACAGAAUAUGUAAUUCUCGCAGCACUUGGGAUGUCAUCAGCAACUCUGCUGACAUAAAAUCUACUGUUCCAGGGACCAUCACCAACAUUCCAGAACCUACAUUCACUCUUCUGCAAUACAAGGAGAGAGUGGUCACCUUAGUCCUUGAUGUUUCAGGAAGCAUGGCUCAGGUGCAGAAAAAAAGUUUUUUUUUUAAAUGCAGACAGCUUUUGUAGACUAGUACAUGCACUUUUUACAUGUGAUUACUUUUUUUACAUGCCUUGGAUGGAGGUUCUGUUUCUUAAAAAUAAAGUAAACAAUGAUACAAAAAAUAAUAAUAUUAGUUUAAAAGAUAUUGUGAUUAAAAUGCACGAGUAGCUGCCGUGGCUUCUAGAAAAAUAGGUUAGUAUCACCAACCUAAAUUGGGAAUAAGAUUGACAAAUCCACCACAUUUUACAAGAUACAUGUAACACACUUUUUCAUUUCUCGUACAGUUUUGUGAAUGGGAAGCUGGUGAUAGACUGCAAACUCCAGCUGUUGCUAUAUAAAUUGCAACCUGCUGGUGCCACACAGUCCGAAGCUUCCUCCUUAACGCAUUAGACCAUUCCUGGAAACCAGGAGGAUGAGCAUAUGGGUGUUGUCUUUUUAACUUUAGGGAUUAAACCAUUUCUAAGAAGGUUUACCCUUUAAGGUAAGACAGCACCCAGGACCUCCAGGCACCUUAGUUAAAAUAAAAUCAUUAUUGAGAUAAAGUUGUUAUGGUGGUUGGAGUAGAGCAGAUUAAGACAAGCAAGACUUUUAAUACUGCCAAUCAUGUGUUUUGUUCACGCAGUUUUUGACAAUCAAAUUAUUUACAAAUCUCUUUGAAAUGGCAUUCAUUUUUGAUUAUUUACAUUAAGUGCACACAAAGUACACACAAAUAUGGAAAGGCUUUCACUGGAAUGCAGUCAGUAAAGCCAUGUGUGACAGAAUCUGUGUUAUUCACUAAAGUGAGAACUUAAAGUGAAUUCAAUGUGAAUUUCAAAAUUUAGGCCAAAACAACCGAUUAGGAAACUUCUCUCUAAAUAGUCAAUUAGCUAAUAAGUUAAUAAUGUCAGUUUUGUUAUAUUGGCCAUAAAUGUGAGAUUUAGUUUGAAUUCACUUUGAAUUCCUGGUAAUUCCUACUUUAAUGAAUAGUCUUGUUUGUGUAUUACUUGCUUUUUGAUAUUCAACUUGUUCCUAGGUUUUUCAAUACAAAGUGGAUGGUUCCAAAAUGUGUUUAAUAAUAUAUAUUAUUUACUAAAGAGUGAACUGUUCACAAAGUGUAGGCUGCAAUAUUUGAAUUGAAAAAAAAAAUCUUCAAGUCAGCUCUGUUUUUAGUACUGUUUUUUUGACACAUCUAAGGAGGUGCCAAGGUAUGUUGAAGUGGUUAUAGUGUUUGGAGUGUUCCUUUAAUGAACUAGCAUUGUUAAGUCUUGAUAGUUUUCUGUCAGUUAAAAUUCUCUUACAUUGUUUUAAAUUGCAGAAUGAUCGUAUAGGUCGUCUGUACCAGGCAGCAGAAGUAUUUAUCAUCCAGAUCAUUGAAUAUGACUCCUUUGUUGGAAUUGUCCAGUUUUCUAGUUCAGCAUCUGUUACAUCCCAAUUAGUACAAAUAUACAAUGAUGCACAGCGUACAAAGCUGAAAGCUCUUCUGCCUAAAAGUGCAAGUGGUGGAACACACAUUUGUUCCGGAAUUCUGUCAGGCAUUGAGGUAAGUCCUCAAUGUUGUUUUCCUUUUACAGCUAUAUAUUUAUACUUAAGUCAAAUUUUUUUAUUUUUUUAAGAAGUAGUUUGUGAAAUUUAGGAUUAAUGUGCAAACAUUUUUAGUUACCUUUGGAUAAUUCAUAUGGAAAACAUGCCAUGGUCUAAAAUUGUAAGCAUUUGAUUUGCUCCAGCAUCUGUGUUUUUGUUUUUUGUUUUUUUGUAAUAUGUUCUAGAACAGAAAUGUAAAAAAAAAUGUUCUUAUAUAGAAUCUUCUCACAAGCAAACUUAUGUGAGCACACACAGCAUCGUACAUAGUAGUAAUGCUAAGGCAUAACACUUACAGGGUUUUUCACUGUAACAAAGCUCACUACUCAGGUCUGAGUAUCUCUUUUAAUAUCCUUCCUUUUCCAACAGGACACCAUCAGUGAUAAUAACAGCUGAUAUAGCGCACCUAAACGUCAGCCAAAACUUUAUGAAGGUUUUACACAAAGCCCCAGCAUGAUGUCCUUAACAGAACAAUGGUAACCCCUCCCAGGUAGCUCUGUGUCUGGGAGUAAAUUAGAUCAAGCACCACUAACUCAAUUAAAACCCAGGCACAGAUUUGCUUAAUACAAUUAUCCAUCAAACAUACUGCACCACACCUGUUAAUUCAAUUAACUACCAGGCACACAGCUUAGUACAAUUAUUCCCCAAAACAUUUGAAAAACCUCCAAAAACAUAGGUAAAAUAGUGAUACUCUCCACACAUGGAGUUCCCCUUAUAGCUCAUCCCUGUCAUCAGAUCUAGAGGAGGGUUAUUUAGGCCAAGUUCUCAUCCUGCUCAGUGCCCUGUCGUGGUUUCCCUUGAGUGCGUUAUUGAUUUUGGUUAUUCUGGUUAUUUGACUUUGGCAUUGUUUUUGACUUCCCUGUUUUCUGGCAUCCCUGACUCCUGGCUUUUCCUUAUCGUUGUGUCUCUUUCUGUAUCCCUUGACCUCGGCUAUUCCUGACUAUUCUUUGGUACGUUAGUCCGUUCAUUCUAAGGUCCAUAUACGUUACCUAUCAGUCCUCUGUGUUACACAAUUCUACGUGCUGGAUCAUUCUGUAAUCCUGACAAUCCCCAAGUGCCCAAUCUAGUGAAAUAGCGAUGUAAUUGAUGGUAUGGAGUCUGAGUUUUUAGUGGGUCAUUUUCACAGUUUCAAUCUGCUUGCCAGUUAAAUAGCGUUUCCAGGUUUGUUCCGGUAAGGUGCAUGAAAGCCUUCUGGUCGUGGCAGGCUAGUUUGGAUAUCCCAGUCACCUUGUGCCUACAAUAGUCACAGGGUGACUUAGAUAUAAUAGGGGACAGAGAAGCAUCAAAAAGGAAGUUUUCCAUGAAGUUACCAUGGCCACCCUCCCAAACUCAAACAUACCAACAUAUGUUCACCUUUCCAGGGGAUUGCCCUAAUCAUCCCACAUUAACCCCUUAAGGACUGGACUGUUUUUGCGAUGUUGUACAUUUGCGACCAGGAAUAUUUUUACACUUUUGUGGUGUUUGUGUUUGGCUGUAAUUUUCGCUUUCUCAUUUACUGUUCCCAUACAAAUUAUAUAUUGUUUUUUUCAGGACAAAAUGGGCUUUCUUUACAUACCAUUAUUUAUAUAAUCUCAUGUAUUUUAAUUUAAAAAAAAUACAAAAAUCUGAUGAAAAAUUGAAAAAAAUACAUGUUUUUUGACUUUUACUUGAAAAAUCUUUUACUCAUCUACAAAAGCGAAUGAAAAAAACUGCUAAAUAGAUUCAAAAUUUUGUCCUGAGUUUAAAAAUACCUAGUGUUUACGUGCUUUUUUGCUUUUUUUUGCAUGUUAUAGGGCUAUAGGUACAAGUAGGAUAUUGCGGUUUAAAAACAUACAUUUUUAAAAUUUAUCAAUAGUGACAUUGUAACACUAUUAUCUGUCAUAAAUCUCUGAAUAACACCCCACAUGUACAUAUUUUUUUUAAAGUAGACAACCCAGGGUAUUCAAUAUGGGGUAUGUCCAGUCUUUUUUAGUAGCCACUUAGUCGAAAACACUGGCCAAAGUAAGCAUUCAUAUUUGUUUGUGUGUGAAAAAAGUAAAAAAACUAAAUUGAACGCUAAUUUUGGCCAGUGUUUGUGACCAAGUGGUUACUAAAAAAGACUGGACAUACCCCAUUUGCAAUACCUUGGGUUGUCUUCUUUUGCAAAUGGUAUGCCAUCAUGGGGUAAUUCUCAUUCCUGGGCUACCAUACGCUCUCAAAGGCAACGUAACCAACCUGGCCAUUUUCAAUGUAAAAAUAUUUGACCCAUAUAUUUGACCUUGUAACUUUCAAAAAUGCUAUAAAACCUGUACAUGGGGGGUACUGUUUUACUCAGGAGACAUCGCUGAACACAAAUAUUAGUGUUUAAAAACUGGAAAACGUAUCACAACAAUUAUAUCAUCAGUAAAAGUGCUGUUUGUGUGUGAAAAAUGCAAAAAAAGUCACUUUCACUGACAAUAUCAUCGCUGUGAUAUGUUUUACUGUUUUAAAUCACUAAUAUUUGUGUUCAGCGAAGUCUCCCGAGUAAAACAGUACCCCCCAUGUACAGGUUUUAGGGUGUCGUAGAACGUUACAGGGUAAAAUACAGUGCUAGCAAAUUAAAUUCUCUGGAAUUUCGGCCUGGGUUGGCAGGCAGGUCCCUCAAAUUGCAAUCAAUAAAAUUACUGAAUUAUGUAAAAAUAUUACAUAAAUACGCACGUAGAAUUUAAAUAUAUAUGCAUAUUUAUAUAUUUGAAGUCUACGUGUAUAUUUAUAUAAUUAUUUAUGUAAUUUUGUAUAUGGACGUAUGUAUAUUUCUUAUUAUUUUUAUUUAUUUUUAUAUACAUAGAUAUAUAUACAAAUUCAUUCUAAGUGUAUUUUGAUAUAAAUAUAUAUAUAUUAAUUUUAAAAUACAGUUAGAAUAAAAUUUCAUAUAGAUAUAUAAUUUUUUUUAAAUUUUUAUUAUUAUUUAAAAAAUUUAUUUAAUUUAAAUUACUUAUUAUUUAUAUUUUAUAAUAAUAUAUAUAUACAAUAUAUAUAUAGUUAUUAUAUAUAUUAUAUAUAUAUACGUGUGUAAUUUAAUUAUAAUGUAUUUUUAUAUUAAUAUAAGUACAUAUUAAUAUAAAAAUACACUUAGUAUGACAUUAUUAUAUAUAUGAUAUAUAGACAUAUAUUAUAUAGAUAUAAUAUAUGUCUAUAUAUCAUAUUUAUACAUAUAUAAUUAUUAUUAUUUUUUUUAUUACCAUUAACUUUAAUUUUUUUUUUGAUUUUACAGUUGCAGGGGACUGCCUGUCAGUACAGACAGUCCCCCUGCAGGCAGACACAUGGACACCUAUUGUGACCAUGUGAUCACUGUGUUAAGCAAUCACAUGGCCAGGGGUCCUAAUUCAGUGUGGGGAGACUGUCUGGGCUGCGGGCAGUCUCCCCACAACCGGAGCCACGCUGAUCGCCGCCGGGGGAACGACGGCGAUCAGGUAAGUAGCCCCAGACCGUUUGGACGGUUCAGGACCGUCAUCGGUCGGCAAGGCAAAAAUGCCGAUGACGGUCCUGAACCGUCCUCGGUCCUUAAGGGGUUAACACAGUAACCCUGGAAUACAAUGUUCUGGCCCAGGGAAGUAUCUUUGAAUUUGCCAUUAAAUUUAAAAUUUACUUUAGUGAAUAACCCUGCUAGUCAGUAGAAGAAAAGGAAAUUAAUAUUUAUUUAAUAGUGCAUAAUAAUUUAUAUUAAACAACAAAACUUCACACUAAUCAGAUAGCUAUCUCUGAAAAUUCUACUGUGUAGAAAAUAAGUUGUGGUUAGAUGGACUGAUUGUGCUAUACAUACACGAUGCCUUAAAGGAAACCCUUAAUAUGUAAACUAGUUUUUAUUCAUUAAAGGGAAAACAGUUUUAUUUAAAAGCUUUAGCUUGGAAUGACACACUUGUCUCACUCUGCAGGCUGAAAAAAAUAACCAUAUUUACCUGCUUCUUCUUUCUUAUGAUUUUCACACGUACUCUAGAGGGACAUUGAUAUAACUUAUCAGUGUUCUAGCCCUAUGAAUGCUGGAAAAGUGCAUUGGGCAUGCCUGACAGAUUUACACAUGUGCAAAGGAUCUCGUCACCUUGAAACAUCCUGACAGGGGGAGAAGAGAGGGAGUCUGGUCAGUGUGAUUCAUGCCAAGCAGGCUCCUGUGUUAGGUUUUUCUCUAUUGCUCCUAUAAAAUGAUGCCCUGUUUCUUUUAUUAGUGAACUGGUCUGAAACUGAGAUGGGCGAGUAAGUUACAGAACACCCCUAGCUGAAAGCCGUGCCUAAUAACGCAAUCUGACCAAGUUUAUAGUACGUUUAUAAAGGCUUACAAACUUUUCUAUGUUUUUCUUGCUUUAUUUUGGUUGGUAUAUUGUUUAAAAGUGCUUGCUUGCUGGUUUAAAUAAAAACAUUGUCAAGCUAUUCAUUUGCUGGAUGGCUGUGGAAUUAUUUAUUAAUGUAAUUGCUUUUUAUCACACACUUACUUUGGAUACACAAUGGAUUUGAUUCAGAUAUCUGUGAUUUAUUUAUUACUCAAGCUAUCGUCAAAGUACCACAUCCUUCUUCAACGUCAAACAUUUACAGAUGAUUGAGUGCAUUGAUUGAGGUUUUUUUAAUAGCUGCUAAAUAAACCAUGCAAUCUUUACCAAUGCAGUUGUAGUAAAACAUAAAUGUUAAAAUGUCUUUGUGAUUUACAUUUUUUUAUACCUGAUGUAGUUACAAUAUGUUUUCCUUGGUUGGUAUUUUAUUUCUCACAAUCUUUAGGUAAACAAAAAGCUUGAUGGGUCUUCAUAUGGUACUGAAAUUAUAUUGCUGUCCGAUGGAGAAGACAAUUAUGAUACAAAACUUUGUUUUCCAAAUAUAAUGAGCAGUGGGGUAAUCAUUCAUACAAUAGCUCUAGGGCCAAAUGCAGCCAAGGAACUUGAAGACAUUGCACACAUGACUGGUAAGAUUGUUAUUUUGUGAUGGAGAUUUGAUAUUUAAUAUCCUUGCUGAUCAAUCAUGCUGAGUUACACCUAAUUAUUUUUUAGGAGGAUUAACUUUUUCAGCAUCAGAUAAAGUGGACGCAAAUGCACUGAUUGAUGCUUUCAGUGGAAUUUCUGCAGGAAAUGGAGAUAUUACAAACGAGGCUAUUCAGGUAUAUUAGUAUAUAUAAAUUAUUAUCAAUGGUAUGAACAUUUGCAUUUUAUAAUGUUCCAAGAAAAGGA